CGAGGGCCGCCGGGACGGGUCUCCCUGGCGAUCCGCGCCGUGCUGGUGCUGCUGCUGCUACUGUUGCUGCUGCUCCUGGUGCUCCUGCUGCUGCCACCGCUAAGCCGGUGCUGCGGCGACGCCGUGUCCCUGCUGUCUGUUCCGGGCUCCCCGGGGCUUGACCCCCGGGGCCCUCGGCAGGCGUCGUCGGUGAAGAGCCGGCGGAGCGAACCUGUAUUCCCACGCCCGCCCGCUGGACCCCAUAUCGCGACUCCCAGGGGGGAAGCGAGAGGAGCUGUCGCGACUCCGCGCCGUGUGUCGCCGGGCGGGGCCGCGGGGCCGGGGCUCCUCCAGCCCCCGGGAUGCGCGCGCGAGCCCACGCCUCCACUUCCUUGUUGCCCCUGUUACGACUGGAGCCGCCUCUCGCCGACUGCGGGGAGCGCGAGCGCGCGGGCCAGCCCCCUCGUCCAGCCCCGGGGCCGGGCGCCUGCGGGAAUGUGAGCCGCGCGCCUCGCACGCUCCUCCGGCCAUGGAUGCAUCAUCAUAUGAUGGUACUGAGGUAACUGUCGUGAUGGAGGAAAUUGAGGAAGCCUAUUGUUAUACCUCCCCUGGGCCACCGAAGAAGAAGAAAAAGUAUAAAAUACAUGGAGAAAAGGCCAAGAAACCCAGGUCGGCCUACCUUCUGUACUAUUAUGACAUCUACCUGAAAGUGCAGCAGGAACUCCCCCACCUUCCUCAGUCUGAGAUCAAUAAGAAGAUAAGUGAGAGCUGGCGACUUCUCAGUGUGGCGGAGAGGAGUUACUACUUGGAGAAAGCCAAACUAGAGAAAGAGGGUUUGGAUCCUAAUUCUAAGCUCUCUGCCCUGACUGCUGUGGUUCCGGACAUCCCAGGUUUCCGCAAGAUCCUCCCACGCUCAGAUUACAUCAUCAUUCCCAAGAGCAGCCUACAAGGGGAUCGUAGCUGCCCUCAGCUAGAGUUGUGUGUGGCCCAGAACCAGAUGUCACCUAAAGGACCAUCUCUUGUGUCCAACACUGCUGUGGAGACCAUGUCCAGCCAUGCAGGCAUGGCGGAGCAGUGCCUGGCUGUGGAGGCCCUAGCCGAGGAGGUGGGAAGCCUUGCCCAGCCCAGUGCACUACAGGAGAUCACCACCUCAGAGAUCCUCGGUCAGGAUGUGCUCCUGGAGGAGGCGUCCCUGGAGGUAGGGGAGAGCCACCAGCCUUACCAGACAAGCCUGGUCAUUGAAGAGACCUUGGUGAAUGACUCGUCAGACCUCCCCCCGGGAAGCCUGGCUGUGCCCCACUCCCAGGUUGGGGAGAGCAUGUCAGUGGUAACAGUCAUGAGGGAUUCCGGUGAGAGUAGCUCCUCUGCGCCAGCCACACAGUUCAUCAUGUUGCCUCUUCCUGCGUACUCGGUUGUGGAGAAUCCCACCUCUAUCAAGCUGACCACUACGUACACCCGUCGGGGCCACGGGACGUGCACCAGCCCAGGGUGCUCCUUUACCUAUGUCACCAGGCACAAACCACCUAAGUGCCCUACCUGCGGUAACUUCCUAGGAGGGAAGUGGAUCCCAAAGGAAAAACCAGCCAAAGUCAAAGUGGAAUUGGCUUCCGGUGUAUCUUCCAGGGGCUCUGUAGUUAAAAGACAUCAGCAGCUUGUCACCACUGAGCAAAAUUCCCUUAAGGAAAAUGCCUCCCAGCUGACUUUGGAGAACUCCGAAGCUGUGAGCCAGCUCCUAAGUGUAGCUCCUCCGAGAGAAGCGGGUGAGGAGAAUGAGUGGGAAGAAGUAAUCAUCUCGGAUGCCCAUGUUCUGGUCAAGGAAGCUCCUGGGAAUCGUGGUACAGCAGUGACUAAGACACCGGUGGUCAAGAAUGGUGUGCAGCCUGAGGUCACUCUGGGGACAGCUGACAGUGACAGCCCUGGAGCAGACAUACCACCAGCAGCCGAGGGGACCGGCACCUCCAGUCCACUCCCCGCUCCUAAAAAAGCAGCAGGCGUUGAUCUCACCCCUGGGCCGAGAGUCCCAGAGAUUAAAGGCAGAGCAAGGGGCAAGCCUGCAUUGCUGGCUGCAGCGAGACCCAUGAGAGCAAUCCUCCCGGCCCCAAGCAAUGUGGGGCGAGGUGGCAGCAUGGGGCUGCCUAGUGCCAGACAGGCCUUUCCCAUGAGCGAUAAAACGCCCUCUGUGAGGACUUGUGGCCUGAAGCCAAGCACACUGAAGCAGCUGGGCCAGACCAUCCAACAGCCAUCGAGCACUGGGGAGGCGAAGCUACCGAAUGGCCCAGUCAACAGGACGUCCCAGGUGAAAGUCGUAGAAGUCAAGCCUGAUAUGUUUCCUCCAUAUAAGUACAGCUGCACCGUCACGUUGGAUUUGGGCCUGGCUACAUCAAGAGGCCGGGGAAAGUGCAAGAAUCCCUCCUGUAGCUAUGUCUACACCAACCGGCAUAAACCGCGGAUUUGUCCCAGCUGUGGUUUUAACCUUGCCAAAGACCGGACUGAGAAAAACACCAAGGUUCUUGAGACGAGCCCACCACUCCCAGAUGUGCUGAGCGCCACAGAGCCCCUGAGCACCGCCCAGCGGGAGAUCCAGCGCCAGUCCACGCUGCAGUUGCUGCGCAAGGUCUUGCAGAUUCCAGAGAAUGAGUCAGAGCUGGCCGAGGUCUUCGCCUUGAUUCAUGAACUCAACAGCUCUCGACUCAUCCUGUCCAACGUGAGUGAGGAGACAGUCACCAUCGAGCAAACCUCUUGGUCGAAUUAUUAUGAGUCUCCGUCCACGCAGUGCCUUCUCUGUAGCAGCCCAUUAUUCAAAGGGGGACAAAACUCCCUGGCGGGACCUCAGGAGUGCUGGCUGCUGACAGCCAGCCGGCUGCAGGUGGUGACCGCCCAGGUGAAGAUGUGUCUGAAUCCCCAGUGUCUGGCCCUGCACAGCUUCAUGGACAUUUAUACAGGUCUCUUUAAUGUGGGCAACAAACUGCUGGUGAGCCUGGACUUGCUUUUUGCAAUCCGAAACCAGAUCAAGCUGGGAGAGGACCCCAGAGUGUCUAUCAGCACUGUUCUAAAGUCAGUGCAGGAGCAGACAGAGAAGACUCUGACCUUGGAGGAGCUGAGCCAGCUGCAGGAACUUCUGUGUAAUGGUUACUGGGCUUUCGAGUGCCUCACUGUCCGAGACUACAAUGACAUGAUCUGUGGCAUCUGUGGUGUGGCCCCCAAAGUGGAAAUGGCCCAAAGGAGUGAAGAAAAUGUAUUGGCACUGAAAAGCGUGGAGUUCACCUGGCCUGAGUUCUUGAGCUCUAACGAGGUAAAUGUGGAGGAUUUCUGGGCCACGAUGGAGACAGAGGCAAUCGAGCAAGUGGCCUUCCCCACCAGCAUCCCCAUCACCAAGUUUGAUGCCUCUGUUAUCGCUCCCUUCUUCCCACCACUCAUGAGAGGAGCUGUGGUCGUCAACACGGAGAGAGACAAAAGUCUGGAUGUGCAGCCAGCACCUGGCAAUGGCAGUGCCUUGGUGAGGCUGCUCCAGGAGGGAGCCUGCAGGCUGGAGGAGAUCAGCACCUACAGUGAAGACGACCUGCGGCACCUGCUCAGGCAGUGCGGCAUCCCCUUUGGGGCAGGUGACUCCAAGGACCAGCUCUGCUUCUCCUUGCUGGCCCUCUACAAAUCUGUCCAGAAUGGAGCCAGUGCCAAACAGCCCCCGCCUCAUCUCACAGGGGGUAAGAUCUACAAGAUGUGCCCCCACCAGGUGGUCUGCGGCGCCAAGUACCUCGUGCGGGGGGAGAGCGCCCUAGACCACGUGGACCUGCUCGCCUCUUCCCGUCACUGGCCACCCGUCUACGUGGUCGACAUGGCCACACCCGUGGCCCUGUGUGCCGACCUCUGCUACCCAGAACUGACCAACCAGAUGUGGGGGAGGAACCAAGGCUGUUUCUCCAGCCCCACAGAGCCGCCUGUGAACGUGUCCUGCCCAGAGCUCCUGGAUCAGCAUUAUGCAGUGGAUGUGACAGAGGCCGAGCACUCCGUCCAGCACCCAGUCACCAAGACUGCCACCCGGCGCAUCGUCCAUGCCGGCACACAGCUCAGCCCUGGCGACCCCAGCGCCGGGCACCACUCUUUGGCCCUGUGCCCUGAGUUGGCACCCUACACAACCAUCCUGGCCUCCAUCCAGGACAGUAAACCAAAUAGUGUCCGCCAGAGGCCCAUCGCCUUUGACAAUGCCACCCACUAUUACCUCUACAAUCGCCUCAUGGACUUCCUCACCAGCCGAGAGAUUGUCAACCGGCAAAUCCAUGACAUCGUGCAGAGCUGCCAGCCCGGCGAGGUGGUCAUCCGCGACACCCUCUACCGCCUGGGGGUCGCUCAGAUCAAGACAGAGACGGAGGCGGGUUAUGAGGAGGAGGCAGCUGUGGCAGCAGAAUAGACAGGCCCUUCUAC